AUGACAGUGGACAGUAUGGACUCAGAUGUAGAUGACUAUAUAUUUCCUGUAACACCUAAUUCCAAGCAUUCUCACCAUCUCACAUCUGCGGGGGUUGGAUCACCGACUCCAUCUCAUAGUACUUUGGAUGAGAAUUAUACCAAUGAACUUGAAAUUCAUCACAGGCCACCCUCAGUUGACGAAGAUCAUGGUGGUAAUAGAUCGUUAGGUGGCCCUGUCCAAGUCAAUGAUGACGGACUUGUCGACCACGACAGACCCAUUAAUGACCACAAAAGUCAACCUAACAUCAUUGAGAGUCAAAAGGACAAGACUGCAUUGUUAAAACAUAUGGAAGCACUUAGCCCCAAGGCUAAGUGUAUCGUUGUCAGCUACAAGGAGGCAGUUCAUGAAUGCAAACACAUACACUUCUUCUCCACACUCUGGAAGCAUGAAGAAAUCAAGAGGUUGGAUAACCUAUAUAACACCAUAUGUGAGGAUUUGGAGUGCGAUCUCGCUGUGGCGGAAGAAGAAUGUUGGUUUUUGUUCAAUAUACUUCCUGACCACCCAAAUGUACAACACCUCAAUGUGCUCUGUGAAGACAAAAAGAAAUCCCUUACACAAGCUGAUGCGGAACUCAAGCUGUGGUCCAAUGUUGUAACAGAUUUGAUACCAGUGGAGUGGUAUGAUAUUUCAUGGCCGCUGCACUAUGGUUCGGAUUUCCCUGACAUCGGCCAAGUAACAAAUCACCCUGCUGCCACUGCACGGCCACAACACUAUUUUCCCGAUCUCAAUCAAUUUCUACAAAAUGACCCUCAACCGAUUCUGUCUAUGGACGGAGUUUUGAUACUUCCACCAGGUGUUGAAGAGGAUGACAUACUGCCACUAGGAGUAGCACCAUUACCUCCCCUUCAGGAUACUCUGAAGGAUAGUAGUACUGGUACUCAAGAUGGUGGCCUUACGAUGCCAAGCAGCUGCAAGUUGGAAGGGGCGCCCAUUGAUGUCUGUUCCUUCGUAGACCCUGACACAAGAAAAAUGAUGGUUACAAAUGCAUUAGUUGCCACUGUAUUGCAGUAUUGUCGAGGUGUGUCGACAGCUAGUAAUGAUGCCUUCGCAAGACAGUGGGCCAGUGAGAAUGAAUCAGAUCUAUACAAGGACUUAGUAGAGCGGUCCAACAGUAUAAUGCCCACUUGUAAAUGGAUUGCACGCACCAAAGUACAACAGGGAUACAAACUGCGACCUUCAGUAUGGUCAAAUCUCUCUGAACCCGAUCAUCAGGAUGAGAAUGAAGAUGAGAAUGAGAAUGAGGGGAUUCACCUGUAUGCCUUUGAACACGAGGUAAUAUGGGACAUGGUUCUGGACACCAUUUCGGAACUUCAGUGCCAAGAGUACCUCACUGCAGCAAUGUUAGACAACAUCUUCUGUUCUGCUGCAGCCACUACUUAUUGUGCAUUGAAGGAGCGAGCCAGGAAUGGAGAACCGUCAUCUAUUGAUUUCAUGGUCACUGAUUUCCAAGCUACUUACAAUUCAUUGAAGGCUCAAAUCACAGACUACAUCUCCGCUGACACAGUGUUGCUCAUUUGA